AUUGGUGGCGGGGGGUGGCGGGGGCGACAGCUGCGACGCGCGACAGCAAGUUCCUGUUCCUCUUUGGGCCUCCCAGGGAGGCCGACUGCGCCGAACCGAGUCAUGCGUCCUAACGAAGCAGCCGCCUGGUAUCGGCGGAUGUCCAUAGUCUAUGCUGCCGGGGCCUGGGCACUCAUGGGCUCCUUGUAUUUCUUCAGCGGCCAAAAGAACACGCAGCCAGUUGAUAAAGUAGAGCAGAAAGAUGUCUCAACAAAGGAACACUCUGAGCACCCGAAGGGGUUUUAUGUGGAAACAAUUAUCACAUAUAGAGAAGACUUUGUUCCAGUUACUAAAAAGAUCCUCAACUAUCUGAAAUCGUGGACUGGUGGCCCUCCUCCAGAAUCGUGAUUGAGCUGAAUUACGAAAACCAGGACUUUGGUUCGAUGUAAAUUUGAUAUACACUCUGAUUUUCAUUUUAUUUGUAAAAAGUUUGUAAGUGCAUACAUUUAAUUUAAUUUUGUUGUAAAAUAUAAUCUC